UCUAGGAUCCGGCCCUGUCAGAGAAAGUCACACCAACAGUUGCACAGCCAUUUUUGCCAAAACGUGUCUCCAAGAGGGCUACCUCUUCCCACAGUUGGCUGCAUGUGACCGCUGGCCUAGAACUGUUAUCUUUCGUAAACGUGUGCGUACUUUCCCUUCUUAAUGGACAGUGAAGUCGACAGUGCUGUAUCGCUGAUAUGGGACCGUGAUUAUGAAAAGGACUAUAGGCCUACAGCUGAUAUGAAUACUCAGGUGUAGAUGUCAGAACUGGAUUUGGCUAUCGACUAUAUACAAUAUGGCGUCAAUUGGGGACAUUCCUACUACAAUUGUUACUGAGUUUCUUAAUUCCGAUACCAGGGAAACGAGUCUUGUCGACGCAGAGGAUCCCAAAAAAGUUAAGUUCACUGUAACACCAGUCCAAAAUGAUCUCAGUCCGACAUCACCAAUCCAGAACCAGAAUGAUCUCCAGAUCCCACAUAUCCGGAUUCCUAUCUACAACUCGAACCGGAAUGAGUAUCAAAGGUCACCAAGGUUAUCCAGGGCUCCACGUUCCCCACGAAUUCCUCGAUCUCCGAAACUGCCCAAACUUAGCCCUGUUAAUGCAAGUAACAAAAACGGACCUCAGACUCCCCUUACCCAGUUCGACUUUGCCGACAGCGAAACAGAACCAACGGACACCUUGACUCAAAACAGUAUUACAGCGCUCCUGUCUUCCAAGUUCAAAGAGUUUCACAAACGUAUGAAACAGUAUGGAGAGAAUUCUCCACGCUUCAGAAAAAGACUGGUGUCAAAAUGGGAGAGUCUUAACUAUGAUCCAAUUGAGAGUGACCUUGCCCUUGAAGAAGAUGAGAAGAACAAGUCCAAGAAAGCCCUGACAAUCAAGGCUGUGUCUCGCUGGGUCAUUAUGUUCUUUGUCGGGAUCGGAACAGCGCUCUUAGCAGCAGGAGUUCAAAUCAUUGUGGAAAUCAUAGCUCACCAUAAAUUUGAGUUAAUCAAAAGUCAUCUAGACCGCUGCUCCAAGGAGAACUGUCUCAUCAUUCCAGUGUUAAUAUGGUGUGGAAUAAACUUAAGUAUCACAAUUCUUGGUGCUGCUCUUGUAACAUAUGUCCAGCCCAAAGCAGCUGGCAGUGGCAUUCCAUUAAUCAAGUCCUACCUCAACGGAGUUCGUAUUCCAGGACUGCUAACCUUAGGGGGGUUCAUCUCCAAAGUUUUAGGGGUCAUUUUGUCCAUCCUGGGGGGUCUGGCAUGUGGCAAGGAAGGUCCCAUGGCUCACUCAGGGGGCAUCAUGGCGGCUGGUCUGGGGAAGGGGAGGAUACACUGGUGUGGGAAGAAGAAGAAGGAAAUCAGGAUUUAUGACCAAUUCCGGUCGGACCACGAAAUCCGUGACUUUGUGGCAGCUGGAGCCGCCUCAGGCGUGUCGGCGGCGUUCGGCGCCCCGGUCGGAGGAACGCUGUUCAGCGUGGAGGAGGCAGCAAGCUUCUGGAACACAGAACUUGUGUGGAGAGUGUUCUUCUCCGCUAUGAUUGCAUGUUUUGCCACCAACUUUCUCCUAAGUGCCUUCGAGGGUCAUCCCACGCACCUCUCCUCGCCAGGUCUUGUCCGUUUUAAUACAUUCCCGAAUUUAACAUUUGACUUGAUCGAGAUCCCUGUGUUCCUUGUGAUGGCCGUGUUUGGAGGCCUUACUGGCUCCUUGUUUGUCAUGCUCAACUAUAAACUUACAGUCUUCAGGCAAAAGUACUUGCAUCGCAAGAAGUGGAUGAGGGUGCUGGAGGCUGGCUUUGUAGCUGUCAUCAGCGCCAUCAUUGGUUUUGUCCUCAUGUUCUUCAUCAAGGACUGCACCGAGGAACACCCGUUCAGUCACCACGCCAUCACAUCAAACAUGUUCUGUGAGAAAGGUCAUAAUGCCAUGUCCACUCUCUUCCUUACAACACCAGAGGGAUGCCUUAAGGCCUUGCUACAUGACCCCAUAGAGUCAUACGGAGUUGUGUCCCUUAUUGUGUUCAUCAUAGUGUUUUUCCUGCUCGGAGUGUGGACCUAUGGUUUGAGUGUAUCCAGUGGUGUGUUUAUUCCGUCUCUGGCCAUCGGCGCCGCUUGGGGCCGCUUGGUCGGCUUGGGUGUUAUACAGAUGUUUCCUGAUCAAGCUUGGUCGACAACUUCAGAUCAACUUCAUCCACAGGCCAAAGAUGUUGGCAAAUAUGCUUUAAUAGGAGCAGCAGCCCAGCUAGGCGGCAUCCUCCGUACAACGAUCAGUCUGACUGUCAUCAUUGUGGAGUGUACUGGAGACAUAUCCUUCGGUCUCUGUAUCAUGCUGGCCUUGAUGAUCUCCAAGUGGGUGGGAGAUUUCUUUACAACUGGUUUGUAUGACAUGAAUGUGGAAGUGAGUGGCAUCCCCCUCCUUGUGUCCGAGCCCCCGCCUCUCUGUGAUCACGUCAAGGCCAGUGAGGUGAUGAGCCAUCCCGUGCUAUCAUUCCAGCCUUUGGAGACUGUAGGCAAUAUUAUAGAUGUCCUGGCCACGGAGACAUUCUGUGGCUUCCCUGUCAUCGAAUUGGACCCCAAGAAUCUACGUCAUGGAAAAUUAAAAGGACUCAUUCUACAGAACCAAUUGUUAACAUUGUUGAAAAAGAAGAUCUUUGCCCCGGAAGGAAUGUUGCCGCCAUCUGAUGUCACGAUGUCAGACUUCGAUGAUCCUUACCCAGUUGAGCUAACCAAAAUAGAGGAAAUUGAGGCCAACAUUUCUGAGGAAGAGAGAGAUUACCUCGUAGAUCUCCGGCCAUUCAUGAAUAAAACUCCCUACACUGUUGGGCCGAAUUUCUCACUGCCCAGAGUGUUUAAAAUAUUUCGAGGUCUCGGUCUGAGGCAUCUACUCGUUGUCAGCGACUGCAGCGAACCUCUAGGGAUGGUUACUAGGAAAGAUCUGGCAAAAUAUCGAGCUGAGUCCAAGCAUGGGAUGCUGAAGAUUGAAAAUCUGAAGAUAGAAGACAACUAGAUGCAGAUACAAGCUAAAUCCUUGGAGUUCCCCUCCAAAUGAUGCAUACAUCAAACCAGAGUUACUUCCCUUCCAGUGUAGUAUUUCAGAGUUGUCUCCCUUUCAUAUGUCCCCUUGAAUAAAUAUUCACAGAUAAAGAUAAUAUUUAUAGCGACUGAAUGGACUCUUGUUUCAUUUUCAUUGAAAACAAUCUGCUGUAAUAAGAAUGUGAUAUUAGAUGUGUGAUAUAUUAAGUGCUGGAAAUUACAACAGUGAUUUGUAUAAGAAGCAAGGAAGUCGAUUCUACUGCAUUUUUCGUGACAAAAUAUAUGGGGGUCGUUAUAAGAACUUCACUUUCAAUAGUGCCUAGUCAUCAUCGAUUUAAUUCAAAUUAUUGAGAUACAUAUGGAAUGAAAUUGGCUAUUUGGGUAAGGUUUUCAAGUAUCAUAUACACGUGUGUAUUAAUUAUGCAAGUGUCCGAAAUAAACAAAUAAUAUCAGUCCUUCUUUUAGUAAUUUAACAUUUUUAUUUGAAAAUUUCAUCCUUUGUGGUUGUGAUCAGGUUGUUAUAUAAAAAAAAUAUAAAAAUAUUAUUUUAAAUCCUUUUUAGCGUAUGUUCUGGUAACUUUCACAACCAUUUCAUACUAUAUAUACAACAUAUGUACUUAAGAUUUGCCAAGGACGAAAAUAGUCAUCUUCAGUCAAAGGUGAGGUUCUUAGCAAAUGUUGAGUAGUAUAUAUUGGUAUACAGUUCAAAGGUGAGUCAGUAUGUUGCACAUUUCAUUUCCAGAAUUAGAUCUUCCUGAAAUUUUCAUAGUUUGUGAUAUCAAUUAUGUUUUCUGUUGUCUUGUUAUUGUUAUGCAUUUUUAAUUACCUUUGUAUAUUUACAAGUUGUAAUGAUAGGCAAUUAGAUACAGAUAAAAUAUCACAGAAAUUGAAAAAUGUUUACAGAUUUUAUAACUCAUUCUUGCGUUAUUUUAUGAAAGUAAUUUUGGUAUGUACAUUGUAGUUUUGAUGGUUUAUUUAGCAAUCUCAUUAAAAUCAGAUCUUAGUUCUCACUACCGCUAAACAAAGAUCUGAAGACAUCCCAUUAGGGGUCACGUCAGACCGACCUUUCAUCCGACCAAUCAGUGCGUCGCUUCAAGAUUAUGAAAGUGACAGUCGGAAUGUGAUUUCUCACCAUACAACCUUCGAAAACUUCAAUAUUGGGUAUACCAAACGAUAGUUACGGGUUUAACGACUGAUUCCUUACAAUCUAGACCAUCUAUUAGCCAUUCCAGAAUGUUUUUUGUUCAGGUUUCAAAUUUUUAAUCGGAAUUUGUCAAAAUAUGUUUCGAAGCAA